AAGCCUCAUGGAGCUCACGCUCUGUUCCCUCCUCGUCCGGCUCUACACAACCGGACGCAGCCUCGACUGUCUCUGCUCCCACACCCAGGGCUCCCCGGAGCGCCGCGCACGUCUUUUGCGCCACCUGAGGGCCAGCAGGAAAGGUUGCCUCUUCCCGGCGCCGCUGAGCCUAAAUGGCCUCAUGUGUCACUCGACGAAGGAAACACUGUUAAAAACGACAACAACCAACCGACAGAUCCUCGUCCUUCCGCCCCACUCCUGCCGUCCAAAGUCCCCCACGCCGACACCACAGCCGCCCCCCUAACUAGAUUACCCCCCCACAGGGACCCACCUCAGAAUACUAAGACGCCCACUAAUGCACCUGAGAAGCCUCGUAACCCUGCGGCUUUCAGCCAAUCACAGGACGGAUCAUCACUGCUGAGAACUGCUCUGACCAAUGAGAGGGCUAGAACUAACAGCUGGGGUCAAAGCAGAAACUUCGGGCCGUCGCUGCCUUUACACCCGUACGACCCGGCGGCCAGAUCCUCGAGGCUGGUGUCAAGAAACCCCCUCUUCCCCUCCUCUAAUGGCUUCAGACAGCCCCCCCCCUCCUCGUCCUCUAGAACCAGUAACUCGUCCCCGACCUCCGGGAUACUCGGGGUUAACGGAUAUCACCGCCGGGGCAUUUCCCCCCCCAAACCAGCCUUAUGGCAACGACACCGACUGGUGAACAACUCGCUGCUGGACGACGACACGUCUCAGCUGCCCGACGUGUUUGAUCGUUCUGGUCCUCGGGUCGAGCGGCGGUUUCACGGAUCACCUGCUCGUCCCCUCAACAAGAGGCUGAACCUGGUGGGGAAACCUGGAGAAACAGACAAAGUCAACGACUUCAAGCUGACGGACAAGUUACUGAUUCUGAAACCCAAAGUCCCUCCAGCCACCGCCAAACCAGAGCGGAGACAGACCCCCACCACGACCGCAAGCACGACGGCCAGUACGACCUCAAGCACGACCUCAAGCACGACCACCAGUACGACCGCACGCAUGACCUCAAGUACGACCUCGACCACUGUGGCACCAACACCUGCGACUCGACAGGAAACGUGGGAAGACUCUGACCUGUUCAAGUCUCAGCCGACCUCAGACAUCGACGCCAUGGGAAAUAAAAGAUUUGUUGCUCCUCACGUCGUUUAUCAAACAGGAAAGAAACCGGACGAGCCGUGUUCCAUCACUUCCUCCCUCAACUACUUUCCUGAAGACGAACACGGUGAGGCCAACGCGACGGCACCGCCCAAGACUCCACCCUCAAACCUCACCGUGGUGACGGUAGAGGGAUGUCCGUCCUUCAUCAUCCUGGACUGGGAAAAAACCGACAAUGACACCACGGAGUAUGAAGUCAUCUCCACCGCUAAAGGACCCGAUGGCGAGCAAGUUUCCAUCCUGAGGACCAACCAGACUCACACGGCGGUGGAGAACCUCAAACCUGAGAGCAG